AUGGCCUCCCCGCCGAGGGGAAGCCCUCCUGAAGGAAGAGGGUCAACCAGGGGUGAAGAUGCAGGGACAGCGUUUUGGGAACGGGAAGAUUUCUGGAGACGACAUUGGGAAGUCAUUCUACCAAAGGAUCAAGUUACUAGAAACUGGUGGCUAAGGGCUGAGAACACAUAUAUCGGAUACUUUCCCGCAGAAUUGUUUUCUGGUUACUUUCUUUAUGCGGAUCAAGGUGGUUGGACUGGUAAAACAAUUAGUGGCGACCUUCCGAGUCCUCCAAUGGGUUCUGGGCACUUACCAGAUGGCAAUUAUCGUCAUUCAGCAUAUAUUUCACGAAUGGCAUUUAGAAAUCUAGAGAGACAAGAUGUUGUACCCCUUACAGGUAUGCUAGCUCUUGAUGCUGACAGCCCCCAAUGCUACAAUGUGACAUGGGAAAAAUAUGUUGAUGACAACCUACAACAUGUUAUAGAGUUUGGGGGACCUUGUGGGAAUUGUGGACCAUGA